AUGCGGCGAGAGCCGGAGCGCGUACAGCGCUGGCCGCCCUUCCUCUCGCAGCGCUGGCCCCUUCUGCUGAUUCCGGCGCCUCUCCUGAUGGGCCGUCGUGCCGAGAGGAGGUUCGCCCCCAUGCUGCGCCGGGCAGCGGGCAAGUCCCAGAUCUUGCCCACACCCGGGUUGACGCAGAGCAUGGAGCAGCUGCGCGAGCCUUUUUUCUUCCAGCUGGCAGACCUGGACGAGAAUGGUGCCAUUUCAGCCAAAGAGCUGCUUGUGGCGAUGCGGGUCCUAGGCAUCAACAUGCAGCUGAGCGAUGUAACGCAAAUCGUCUCGGAGCUCGACAAGACCGGCGACGGCGAAAUCAGCUUCGACGAGUUCAUGGAGGCCUGCCAACGUCCUCGGCGAGACGGCUUCAGGCGUGCCGUCCGCCGCAGCCGGGUGCUGUCCCGCUGGAGCGCGCUGCUCUUCGAGUCAGACGAUCCGGAAUCGCUCAGUACCUUGCAAGUCGCGCGGGCUGCGAGAAACCUGUCCGACAAGAUGACAGAGUCGGAUAUGGAUCGAUUACUUGGCGAGAGCCCACCCGAGUCUCCAGCGAGCAGUCGAAGCGACACUGACAAGGAGGUCUUGCCCGAAGUUGCGGCAAGCAUCUGGAGGCACCAAUUGUGGCCAAGAGGCAAGAAAGCACGCAUUCUCCACUUCGCGCACCUGUGUAUCUGCGAGGCCGCCGUUGCUCUCAUGCGCUGGCAGCCAACUGCCAGGGCCAUCGCGUGGCUGUUGCAGUGGCGCCUGCUGUUACUGGCGCUGAGGCCGCUUCUGACGGGCCGCUUCUUGGGGCUCCUGCUGCGGCACCGGCUCUCGGCCCGCGCGCUGGCCGUGCUACUCCGUACUCCUGGAUGCGAGAGGGGAAUUACACAGAUUCUCUACCUGGACUCGGCCCUCGCCGACGUGUGCGAGGAUCCGGAGACCCCAAAGCACAUCCUGAGGAUCGUGGGCCGACAUGGGAUGGGCUCCUUUCUUCGCCGCUUCCUCGUCUUCGCCCCACCAGAGAUGCUCAGGCGUUGGUGCCAGCACAAGUCCACCGCGGUCUUGAUGGCAUUCGUCGUGCGUGAGACAGCAGCAGUGGACUGCGCGGCUCUCGUCCACAAGCGACGGCAGCAGCUCCCUGCAGCGGUGGCGCGAGCCUGCCUCGAGCCAGGGGCAGACCUCUGGGCGAUGCGCUUUUGCGCCGUGCCCGGUAUUGACGUUUGGCUCGGUCGAUUUCUGAACGACCCUCGCGGAGCCAGCUUUGCACAUCGACUCCUUCUGCAGCCGAGAUUCAUCGACAAGGUGGAGGACUUCCUGGGCUUCCAGGAAGCCAGGGCCUUCGUGAUCCGUCUGCUCCGGCAGCCUGGAGUGUACCGAUUUGUCACGUGGUUGAACCGAGAUCCGAAGAUGCAGCAAUGGUUCGCACGCAUUGCCAAACGUGAGAAGCCCAUGCUCUUCAUCACUGAAAUGCUGCUUGAGCCAGGCCUUGACAAGUUCAUCGUGGAUCUGCUGCUUCGACGCGGCAAUGACGUGGCCUUGAGAAGCAUGUUGGACUACUGGGUGCACACAGAGGGCUCCUUCGCUUCCGUCUUCGGCUCUUUCUCCAAGAAGCCAGGAAUCGAGCGAGCUUUGGCACGAGUUGUGAUCAGCCCAGGCUUCCUCGACGGCUUCGUGUUCAGGAAGUUCCUGUGGCAAGAGGGGCUCAGCGACUUAGCCCUGGAAGCCGCAACUUUGGUCGGAGUUCGAGGCCUGGUGGACAACGUGCUGCCUCUGGCCUUCGCGGUCCUUCUGGCGAUGCUGGUCUUUUCUGUGCAAGGCACGCAGGCAGGCUUCCUGGCGCUCUUCGAGGAGGAAGGCUUGGGAGACAUCGUGCUGCCGUUUAUCGCCGGCCUGUCCGCUGGCAGCCUUGGCCGGGAUUUGGCCCUGGCCAUGCGGAGCAUGAUGGAGCCAAGCGCCAGUGAAGCAAAGGCCAAAACCGGAGUGCCCUUCGCUGGGAGAUGGGGCGUUGCCGCGCUGCUGUGCUGCGCUAGCCGCCAGCAAAGCAGGCCGCAGGUGACCGCAGAUCGGCAGCGAGAGCGGCUCAAGAGACGACUAUGUUACAAAGGCCCUUCUUAA